AUGGGAGGGAAGAAGUUCCGGUCUAUCAUUGUUGUACUACUGCUUCUACUUCUGGGAGCCGGCAGCCUGUAUUUCAUCAUACCAGGCGGGAGUGAUGAUGGGGACUCCUCUGAUGGUGAGGGAUCUGACAGCUCCGGAGGGGGAUUCGGUUCAUCGGGCGGAGGACCUAGUGGUGGUACCGUGGUGAUCGAGAAAAAGACGACCACGACAACAAAACGCACUCGCCGCCCUCGUACUACUGAGGGCAUAACCUUCAGCCCGACUCCGGACCAAUUCCAAGAGCCGGCGCCGACGCCACGCACGGAUCGAAAGCCGCGCCAUGCCAACGAGGACCUUCUGCUCUGCACAGUCAGCCACCGGGCAUUCAACAAAGAGGUGUACCCGGAUGACGGCCUCUGCGACCUCCUGUAUUACACCACGUCCUACUACGACCCCGGCAAGAAAGAGUUCCGCGGAGCGUUCGACGAGUUCAGCUUCGGUGUCUUCCGUGAAAAGGUGAAGGCGUCGAGCGCCACUAGCAAGACCAGCUACGGCAUCUCGUUCGACUACAGGUACGGAAAAAUGAUCGCCGAUCAGCUAAAAACGUCCGAUGGCCAAAACAGCUUCCAAGGUCUGUGGAACGACCGCAUCUACCACUACGGAAUCCUGCACGUAUUGGCCAAAUCAAGUGAAUUCAAGAGCACCGACAGGCUGCAGCUCCUCAAGGAGUUGAAGAACCGCCAGGACGCCCUCGGAAACGACAAGAAAGGGCACCUCGCCCUUGGAUUUCAGUUCAUCGAGAGUGUAGAAUACAAGAAGAUUGCGGAAACAGCCAACUACCUCUUUAAAAACUACCCAAUCACCAUAAUGGUGACCACUACCCACACCUUCAAGUUAUUUGGUGGUUACACUGUAGGACCGUCUUCGUGGGGUUUAGAGAAAAGACCCUACGAAAUGGCAAAACGUGUUCCUCACUUCAACAACGUCUUCAGCGUGGACGAGGCGGACAACGGCAUGGGCCAACUACCCCUUAGGAUAUGCCAGACUCCAACUCUUACAGUGCACGAGACGCCCAAGUGCCCCGCCAAGGGAGCGUCGUGA